CCGUCCUCAAAAAAUCCACUCGAUAUAACAAUGAACUCAAAAAUAUUACUCGUGUUAAUAAUUGCCAUUUUCUUUGGCGGUUUGGCGACGUUUGUCAGCGCUAACAAUUGCCCUGACCCACCACCUUUUUGUGACGGUACUGAA